AUGAAGUUAUGGAAGUUUGCUGCCAUCGGCCUGAUUCUCUGUGGUGCUGCACUUCCCCUGCUCGUCCUUAAAACCUCCCUCUUCCCGAGCCCCGCCCCUCCUCCCCACCGCAGAGCUUCAUCCUCAUCACUUUCACCUCCAUCAUCUUCAUUUACACCAAGCAAUUCAUCGUCCACCAUUGUGGCAGGUGGCCGGCAACGGAGGGCCAGAUCAGCUGACGGAGGAAACUCUCUCGUAUCAGAAUUCAUGAAGAUGUUCCAGAGCUUCACAGAGGGUGAGCUGAAGCAGGUCAUUGGGACACUGGUGGAAAGGAAAGCCCGCAGAGAUAACCAGCAGAGCAAAAGGACUAAACGGGCAAAAAAGCGAUCCAAACCCUGCUCGCUGCAGGAGGUGGAGGUGACGGUCAGCCAGCUGGGGUUGGGAUACGUCAGUGACGAGACUAUAGUCUUCCAUUACUGCAGCGGAAAGUGCACCACUAGCCGCAAAAACUAUGACCUGACGCUGGCAUUCAUGAAGCGCUCGCGGCUGCUAACAAGGGACCAGAAGGACAAAGCACGCCACAGCCCCUGCUGUCGGCCCACCGCAUACGAGGAGGACAUCUCCUUCCUCGAUAACUUCAACAAAUACCACACAAUCCAAGAGUUUUCAGCCAAAGCAUGCAGAUGCGUCUGACAU